AUGCUUGAUAUUAACACUUGUCCCGUAUGCCUACUGGUACCGCUAGAAGAAACGAAGGACGUUUCAAGCAUUCACUGGAUUCUGUGUGAUAUCUGUAAUCAAUGGUUCCAUACUAUUUGCAUUAAACUUACGAAUUAUGAUGUUAACAACUUGUCUGCGUAUCACUGCGAUUCAUGCAGAAAGGGACAUGGUCCAUCAAUAUAUAAAAGAAAGUCUAAAAGAGCUAGAACUCAGAUAGAUUAUGUUGCAUUGAACGAAGGUGAGGUCUUUGUGGUAGAUAAAACAUUCCAUCCUCAUGUAAGAAAUUUUGAAAUGUUUGGUGAUGAUGAGUUAGGAAAUCAACGAAGUGAGUUUCUUGAUACAUUGAAGACUAUAACUAAAGAUUACGCCUUAUCGUCGAGACUUGUGCGGCCUGUAUUAAUUCCUCGGGCUUAUUCUGAUGACGCUGGUAUGAAGCUUCCACGACCAAGAAAGGAGAUAACAAUUGACUACAUAACAAACUUAGUUGGAGAGGACAGUCGCGUGGAAGUCAUGGAUGUUCUUUCUCAACAAAGUGUGACCCCAGCAUGGAAUAUGGGUAAAUGGAGGGACUAUUUUAAUUUAGAUCAAAGCAGUAGAGAUAGGAUUAGAAAUGUUAUUUCACUUGAGAUUUCUCAGGUUCAGGAGUUAGGAGAUGGGUUUCAUAGACCACGUCUUGUUCGAGAGAUGGACUUGGUGGAUAAGAUAUGGUCUGAUGAGAAGAAUGAACGACCCCAGGUAACAAAAUAUUGUCUCAUGUCUGUUAAAGGCUCUUUUACUGAUUUCCAUAUUGACUUCGGAGGUACUUCUGUGUACUACACUGUUUGCUCAGGCUCCAAGACCUUUUUAAUGUAUCCACCAACUGACUGGAAUUUGGAGUUAUACACAUCAUGGUGCUUGGAACCAAAUCAGAACUUCCUAUGGUUUGGUGACUAUUCAAAGUAUAUUAAAGGCAAGCGUGUUACACCGUCGAACGGAUUUAAAGUGACACUACGUGAAGGAGAUGUGUUUUUCAUACCAAGUGGUUGGAUUCAUGCAGUAUACACCCCUCAGGACUCCAUAGUCAUAGGAGGUAAUUUUUUGACACUAAUGAAUAUUGAAAUGCAGUUAAAAAUUAGUAAUAUAGAGAAAGUUACAAAGGUUCCAACUAAAUUUAGAUUUCCCUACUUCAAUAAAGUGAUGUGGAUGACUAGCUGGUAUUAUUAUAAUCACAAGGACGAGUUCAUUCGUGAUGUAAAUGGUACUGAUAACAAUAAAAUUGAACGCCAAUCGGAUCACAUUGAGAGAAUCGAUUCUAUAGAAUACUCUAUUUUGACUGCUCUUAUAUCACAUCUCAAAUCUCAUUUUGAGCUUAGCAAAACAAUCCUGGCUGCUAAACGGUCCAUUCCUACAGAUCUUUUUGGUAAGCAUGUGAACGAUUACUUACUUCAGUUGGAGGAGUGGCUGAACAACAUUAAAGAUGACACAAAGCUGUUAUAG